UCGCUUACUCCUCGGUGGUUUAUCCCGUGGUAUGAAUUAAUCAUUGACGAGUACGACCAGCUAGGGAGCGGUGGCUUUGGGAGUGUCUUCAGAGCGAAGUGGCUGGAUUCUGAUGUUGUGGUGAAACUCUUGUUAAGUUCUGGAGACCAUUCUACAAGUUUUAGACAUGAAGUAGACAUUUGGUUCGGGUUUAGUCACCCCCACGUCGUUCGGCUCUUCGGGGCUUGCCACGUUGGCAAACCGUUGUUCGUGUGUGAGUACGCCACGAACGGGACGUUGGUCAGCUAUCUAAAGAAACACCCCGACGAGGUCUGGUCGAAAUUGUAUGAAGCUGCCCUAGGCGUUCAGUACCUUCAUGCGCGCGGUGUCGUUCACGGGGACCUUAAAGGGAAUAAUAUUGUGAUCGGGAGCGAUCGGAAGGCCAAGGUGACGGACUUUGGUCUGAGCGCGAUGACCAACGACGGCGCGGAUUCAAAAAUCUCUGGUGCUUCGCACUGGGUGGCCCCGGAGUGCUUCAUUCAUGAGCGUGCACGCCCAACCUUUGCGUCCGACAUUUACUCUCUCGGUAUGUGCGUUGUGGAGGCUCUGCGGGUCGUCGAGGCCGGCGAAGACAACACGAAAGCUUGCCUACCAUGGGGUUUUCUCGACAACUUCGUCGCGAAAUAUCACGUAACGCAACGUGCAUUGCCUCCAAGACCACUUUGUACGGACGAGCAAUGGGAGCUGGUGCAGCGAAUGUGCGCUUUCGAGCCGAGCAAACGGAUCAAGAUUUCGACUGUGGUAGGCGAACUGGCAAAAAUGGCCAAUAUUCACCUCUCGGCUAACAUGUCGAUUGAGCCUGUGAAUCCUAAAUCUGUUGCAGAAAUGAUCACUGCGGCCCGGACUCUGUUAGCCAAACUACAAGACGACAAGGAACAAGAAGGAUCCGUGUUCUCCUUGUACAGCUCCCUGUGGGAUGGGCUCGCCCAGGUACACAACCAGUGUGGAAAUUUGCAAAGUUCUACAGAUCUCGCGGAUUUUUACUCCCUCGUUCGUGAAGCGUACGAGGGCACGAAAAUGUUGCGAGACCCAACGACAAGUCUGAUAUCACUGGCGGAGACUGUGCUGCAGUGCUACGCGUUGCAACGUCGGUUGAUUAAGCUGUUGGAAGCAAACUUCCUCCCGCUGCGCGGUCAAGACAGUGCAGCAAGUUCCGAUUCCAAAUGA